AGGAAAGAACGACAUCUCAGGCUCUCUCGUCUCUCUAGGAGGAACCGAGCAGACCUUUCUCUGAGAUCUCCUCUCCCUCUCUCUCUCUCUCUCCCUCUCUCUGGUCCCUCACUCAGAUCCCCCCAAUGGGAGAAACCGACAGGGGAGACAAGACGAGAGCUUGAGACACACACGCACACACUCUCCCGCACGCACACGUUCGCGUUCUCUGCAGCAAGAAGACAAUCGGGGAACAUGGGAAUGGCUCGUUCUCUAGUUGGCCGCACCCUCGCGGCGGCGCUCGCUCUCCUCUUCCUUCUCUCCCUCGCCGCCUCAUCUUCGGCCGCACCACCGCCCUCCCGCGGACGAAAGCUGGGGUUUUUCUACACCCGCACCAGAGGACGAUGCACUCCUCAGUACUGGAGCAGCGGGCGAGAGAAGUGGCCGAGGAUGGUGCCGAGGAAAUCCACGGUGUCGAGGGCGUUCGGGUCGAGGGCGAUCGCCGAGCUCUACGGCGGCGAUCUGACGGUGUGGGAAUCGACGGCCGGGGUCGUCGGCGUGGGGGGCGCGUACGGCAGGCUGGUGAAGCAGGCGAGCGCGGCCCUUCUCAACUCGUACGCCCGGAAAGGGUUCGCCUACUCGGCCUGGGAAGUCAAGACCCUGCUCAUCCAGGCCUUGGCCUCGCCGCGAGCCGCCGCCGAUCAGGCCGACCAGUUCGCCGUCGCCAACGAAGCCUGUAAUUAGCAGCAAAUCCUUUCGUUCCUUCUUUCUUGUUCUUUCUAUUGAGACUCGAGUAGUAGCCGUAGUCACAGAAAUGAUUUGCCAGAUCAGCAUGUGAAAGUUCUAACCUAA